AUGGUUCUGCAGCAUCGCUGCGAGACCGGUGAUGGAUGGUGCUCGGGCAUUCCCACGCCGAGGGCCUUUCAUCCCUUGGAUCACCUUCCAAUGAACAAACCAUGCCAGCUUCACGUGCCGGACGAUUUGUCCUUGCCCGUGAAAACCGUAUGGCCACCAACCCUGGCUGACAAGAUCCAUGAAGUCCAUGAAGGGGAUGAUCCAGAGGAGGAUGACCCAAAGCCAACAAUGGGUGCUCUCAAGCGACGUGCACGGAGGCGACAAGAGGAGGAAGACCUCAAGGAGUUCCUCCUCAAGCGUGGAUUUGCCAGCAUCAACGCACCCCAGAAUCGCACCUCGAGCCGCCGAGUCGGCACUUGGAGCACGUGCUUCUUUGGAGAGCGGGAGGAGCUGUAUCCCAUCCACGCUGCGGCGCUUGAAGGAGAUUUGAGGAUGGUCACCUUGCUGCUGCAAGCUGGCGUAGAUCGUGAGCAGGAAACCUCCAAAGGGCGGACGGCUUUAGACAUCGCAAAGAGGUCUGUGCGAUGUGGUGGCUCGCACAAGGACAGCCCGAUGAAGGUGGAGUUGAUGCAAAUCUUGCAGGGCGCAGGAAUCAAGACAGCGUCAGCGUGGUCUGUUCGGGACCUGUGCAGCCGCGUGCCCAAUCCUGAACCUUGUUUGCGGCAAACGAAGCGCCGCGAGACAGCUUAA